AUGCCUUGCAAAGAAGGGCACCUGGCCACCCUUCAUCUAUCAGAGAAGAUCUGUGGACAGACCAAGGUCCACUGUCACCUAGGAGCCUGUGUCCAUGACAUCAACUCCCUCCUGCCCAUGGUUCUGGCCAACUACUCCAAUAUUGACACCAUCGUCACUCACUACGGAUUCAUAAACACCUGUCUGAAAUCUCUGGUCAUUGAGAAAUUUGGUGAAGAAACAUGGGAGAAACUGAGGACCCUGGCAGAGGUCCAGGACACGUUCAUGACUUAUGAGAUAUAUGAUGAUGUCAUAACUCUGCGUCUGGUGCAGGAGGCAUGUACAAUGCUGGACAUGCCUUCUGAGGUGGUGCUGAAGCUUUUCGGGGAGUACUUCUUCAGCUUCUGUAAGAUGGCGGGGUACGACACCAUGCUGCGUACGCUAGGGGGGAACCUGGUGGAAUUCAUUGAGAACCUGGAUGCCCUUCACAGUUACCUGGCUCUCUCCUACCAGGAGAUGAACGCUCCCUCGUUCCGUGUGGAGAAGAACGAUGAUGGGAGGAUGUUGCUUCAUUACUACUCGGACAGGAAAGGCCUAUAUCACAUUGUUCCAGGCAUCAUUGAGGCGGUGGCCAAAGACUUCUUUGACAGCGAAGUGUGCAUGACCAUCCUUAACCAAUCAGAGGAGGAUGAGCGCACAGGGAAGAAAGAGCAUGUGGUCUUCCUGGUCUCUCAGAGGAGCAGAGGGUCAAAGAGGGAUUUCCGUCCCCAAAGAGAGAAGAAGGAGGUAACCAAGGAGGAUGAGGAGAUUGAUAGGAGUGAAUUGGAGAGGAUGAGAGCCAGGUGUGCCAGUCUGCCCCACUGCCCUGCUGGGAAAAGAUCACGCUGGGACAUGGUUAGGAGCGUUGUCAUGUUUGGAAAAGACAACCUUCUGAAGUCGUUCACACCCUGCUACCCAGAUAAGCUGUGGAUGGAGGAACAAGCAUUCUGCAAUGCCUUCCCUUUCCACAUUGUCUUUGAUAAACAGCUCAAGGUGAAGCAGACUGGGAUUAACAUCCAGAAGUUUGUCCCUGGGCUGCAGACGAUGGACAUCCGUCUGGAUGAGUACUUCAGCAUUGUCCAUCCGCAGGUGACCUUCAACAUCGAGAGCAUCAGGAAGUUCAUCAACAGCCAGUUUGUCCUGAAGACCAGACGGGAGAUGGUGCCACUGGCUUCUCAGCAUCAGUCCAUGCUCAAACUCAGAGGUCAGAUGGUGUGGAUGGAGUCUCUGGGCUGUAUGGUGUACCUGUGCUCUCCGAAGCUGCGCAGCCUGCAGGAGUUGGAGGAGAGGGGUCUGCACAUCUCCGACAUCGCCCAGCACGACACCACCCGGGACCUCAUCCUGCUUAACCAACAGCGUCUGGCCGAGAUGGAGCUGUCCAAUCAGCUGGAGCGCAAAAAGGAGGAGCUGAGGAUCCUCUCACGCCACCUCGAGGCGGAGAAGAAGAAGACGGAGACUCUGCUCUACGCCAUGUUGCCUCGCCACGUAGCCAACCAGCUGAAGGAGGGCAAGAGGGUGGAAGCAGGUGAGUUCCAGGUGUGCACCAUCCUGUUCAGUGAUGUGGUCACCUUCACCAAUAUCUGUGCUGCCUGCGAGCCCAUCCAGAUCGUCAACAUGCUCAACUCCAUGUACUCCAAGUUCGACCGCCUUACCAGCGUCCAUGACGUGUACAAGGUGGAGACUAUUGGAGACGCCUACAUGGUGGUGGGUGGGGUUCCCAUUCCAGCUGACAGCCAUGCAGAGCGGGUGGCCAACUUUGCCCUGGGUAUGCGUAUCGCUGCCCGGGAGGUGACCAACCCUAUCACUGGGCAACCCAUCCAGAUUCGGGUGGGUCUGCACACAGGUCCAGUGCUGGCUGGUGUGGUAGGGGACAAGAUGCCUCGAUACUGCCUGUUUGGAGAUACGGUCAACACUGCCUCCCGCAUGGAGAGUCACGGACUGCCUGACCACAUACACCUCAGCCCCUUCACAUACAGGGCGCUGGAAGAUAAGGGCUUUGACAUCCUGGAAAGAGGAGAGAUCCAGGUGAAGGGGAAAGGCCUGAUGACUACCUACUUCCUGCUGCAGAACCUGUGUGUGUCUGAGGACACCAUCAUGGCCAGAGGGACAGGAGAGCCCUGCGUGUACAGAGACAACCAGCAGGGGGCGGGAGAGAGCGAGAGAGACACAGAAGAACCAGACAGUGUGAGAAAGGAGGAAACGAAUGGCCAAACCACGGCAUCUGCUUCUUCUUGCAGUGACCUCACCAACGAAGACACACCUUUUCUGGGAGACACUACACCUUUUCAAAAGGGCUACCUCAACGACGUGAACUCACGAUUCUGCCGACUGCUCUAA